AUGGCACAGAAGACCGUGCUGAUCACCGGCUGCAACAGAGGAAUCGGCAAGGGCCUCCUCAAAAUCUACCUUGCAAAGCCAAACCACCUGCUCAUCGCCGCUGUCCGGGAUCCCAACCACCCAACCUCCAAAGCUCUGGUCGACCUCCGUAAGGCCGAGGGUACUUCCCUCAUCGUGGUCAAGAACGAUGCCACGGUCCCUACUGAUGCUGCCUCCAUGGUGAAGGAGCUUGCGUCUAAGGGUAUCGACUACAUCGAUAUUGUGAUUGCGAAUGCGGGAGCCGCUUAUCGCUGGUGCAAGGUGUCCGAGGUCACGGCUGAGGACAUCCAGAGACAUGUUGUUCCCAACGUGCACGGGUUCAUCUGGCUGUACCAGGCUACAUUGCCGCUGCUGAAGAAAUCAGAGGACCCGAUCUGGGUGACUAUUGGGGAUAUGAUUGAGUUCAAGAACGCCGCCUAUGCGCCGACCAAGGCGGUCCAGCACUGGUACACGAGGUCGAUCUCGUUGGAGGAGAAGUGGCUUACGGCUUUUCCGAUUGACCCUGGCUGGGCCCAGACGGACAUUGGUCAGCGCGGCGCCGACGCUUUUGGGAUCGAGACAGCCCAGAUCAGCGUGGAGCAGAGUACUCAAGGAGUCGUUAAGGUCAUCGAUGCUGUGACGCGAGAAACCCAUAGUGGGAAGAACUGGGUUUGGGAUGGUAGACAAGUCCCGUGGUAG